GUGGGAUGAUGGUGGAUGGGCGGAGCGACGCAGCGACGACCAGCGCAGAGACAUAAACCCACUCUGAAAUCACCAGGGUCGGGGAUAAAAAUAGUGUAAAACCGCCGUCCCGCUUUCACCGACAUUGUUUAUAUUUCAUCACUUCACAUCAAAGAGAGGGAGGCCAGGCCAGGAUGAACGGCGAGUCAGGUGCUGGUGUGGUGACGGCCCCCCCUCCCACCACAGCCCCCCACAAGGAGCGGUACUUCGACCGAGUGGAUGAGAGCAGUCCGGAGUACCAGAGGGAGAGAAACAUGGCACCCGACCUGCGGCAGGACUUCAACAUGAUGGAGCAGAGGAAGAGGGUCUCCAUGAUACUACAGAGCCCGGCCUUCUGUGAUGAGCUCGAGACAAUGAUCCAGGAUCAGCUGAAGAAGGGGAAGACGCCCACUAGCCUUUUGGCUCUGCAGCAGAUCGCAGACUUCAUGACCACCAGCAUGCCUUCCAUGUAUCCUGCUGCACCACAAGGAGGCAUGGCAGCGCUCAACAUGAGUUUGGGUAUGGUGACUCCAGUGAAUGAUCUGCGUGGCUCAGACUCUAUUUCCUAUGACAAGGGUGAGAAGCUGCUUCGCUGCAAGCUGGCUGCCUUUUAUCGGCUCGCUGACUUGUUUGGCUGGUCCGAGCUCAUCUACAACCACCUCACAGUCAGGGUGAAUUCAGACGACGAGCGCUUCCUAGUUGUCCCGUUUGGGCUCCUGUACAGUGAAGUCACUGCCUCCAGUCUGGUGAAGAUAAACCUUCAAGGUGAGAUAGUGGACCGAGGCAGCACCAAUCUCGGGGUCAACCAGGCCGGCUUCACUCUCCACUCUGCCAUCUACGCUGCACGGCCCGAUGUCAAGUGUAUCGUACACGUACACACACCUGCAGGUGCUGCGGUGUCAGCCAUGAAAUGCGGCCUGUUGCCCAUCUCACCUGAGGCACUGUCCCUGGGUGAGGUGGCAUAUCAUGACUACCACGGCAUACUGGUGGAUGAGGAAGAAAGUACUCUCAUACAGAGGAACCUCGGGCCUAACAGCAAGGUGCUCAUCCUGAGGAACCAUGGCUUGGUGUCUGUAGGCGAAACAGUGGAGGAAGCUUUCUAUUACAUCCACAAUCUGGUCACUGCCUGUGAGAUCCAGGUGCGAACACUGGCCAGCGCUGGAGGGCCAGAUAAUCUGGUGAUGCUGGACCCGGGGAAAUACAAGGCACGCCCACGGGUCCCGGAGCCAGCUGGCGACGGGUCCUCUACGUACCCCAAGUGGCUAGUCGGGGAGCAGGAGUUUGAGGCUCUCAUGAGAAUGCUCGACAAUUUGGGCUACAGGACGGGCUACCCUUACCGCUGCCCGGCAUUGCGAGACAAAGCUAAAAAGUACAGUGACGUGGAGAUCGCUCCCUCUGCCCACGGUGGUUACUCAUAUGGGGAGGACAGUGAUUCAGGUGCUCGCUCCCCGCUGAAACACAGCUUCCAGCGCGGCCAGCGUGACAAGACCCGCUGGCUCAAUGCCGGCGGCCGGCCUGAUGAGCCCUGCGAGGACGGGCCCGAUGGCAGCAGCCCCAAGUCGAAGCCUAAGGUGUGGACGAACAUAACACACGAUCACGUCAAACCCUUGCUGCAGUCUCUCUCGUCUGGUGUCUGCGUGCCAAGCUGUAUAACCAACUGCUUGUGGACAAAGGAAGAUGGACUCCGCCAGGCUGCCGUAGCCAAUCAGUUCAUCCCAAUGAACACCAACCCAAAAGAUGUCCUGGAAAUGAGGAAUAAGAUCCGGGAGCAGAACCUGCAGGACAUAAAGACAGCAGGGCCCCAGUCUCAGGUUCUGUGUGCUGGCACCAUGGUAGAUCGCUCCUUUAACCAGAGAUUGUCAAUCUGGCAGGACGCCCCUCUGUCUGACUGUACAGACACUAUUGAUGGCCUUGAUGUGUCCGAGGGGUCCUAUAGUCCUGCUAAAUCAAUUAGAAAGGGGGAGCUAGUGACUGCGUCCAAGGCCAUCAUCGAAAAGGAGUACCAGCCUAAGGUUAUUGUCAGCAAGCAGGGUCCCAACCCCUUCACCAAACUCACCGACCAGGAGCUAGAGGAGUACCGCAAGGAGGUGGAGCAGAAACAGAAAGGGCCUGAAGUGCAGGGACGGGACGAUAGUAGGGAGGGAUCAGCCUCCAGCGUACCCUGUCCUGAGUCUGAAACGCUACAGAGGGGUCAAGCCUUUGUCUCCACACCUCCACAGUCUGCAACUGACUCACCCAGCUUAGAGAAAGCCCCACCUGCAACUGCCACACAAGCCUCUGAGCAGGGCUCUUCUUCCCUCGGCCUCUCGAGUGGCGCUGAACCAGCUCAGGGCGAAGCAGACUCUGCAGAGGCAGUUGUGGAUGAUGUUUUUUCGACUGCAGAAGAGGUUCUUUCAGCUCCAGAUUCCCCACAAAAGGAGUUCCACUGCGCGGUGGUGCGAGCCCUCUGCAAGGAGCCGUCAGUGGUAGAGGCAGCUAAGACAGAUCAGGCUCCAGACCUAGAGGAGCUAGUAGAACGUGAGGAGGAGCCCAAAGGCCAGAAACCCACCAACACACCACCCAGCACCCCAAUCAGAGCAGAAGAAGGAGAUGGAAAUACAAAAGAGUACCUGUUGCCAUAUAGAGCUGUCCUGUGGUCCGAAAUAACCCAUUUUCCGGGGUUUGAGACAACGAGUCCUUCACCAGAGUCCUUGCCAGAACAGUCCUAUAAGGAUGAGAGUGAUGCAGCCACCCUGAGACAGACCCUUCCAGAUUUAACACCUGAUGACCCUUCCGAUGCCCCAGCCCUUCCUGCCGAAGACUCCACCUCUGCCCCUGCCACCGCAGACGCAGACGGAGCUGAGGGGGAGGAACCCGCUGAUGCUGGCGACCAGGAGGGUGAAGAGUCUCCCAGCAAAUCACCUUCCAAAAAGAAAAAGAAGUUCCGCACUCCUUCCUUCCUAAAGAAAAACAAAAAAAAGAUGGAGUCCUAGAUUGGAGAAUGUUGGAUCGGUCCUCAAGGCUGGCCUCUGCCUCUUUUCAUUUCCGCUUUUUGUCUGCUAUCAUUGCAUCCUUCGAGCAAGCCACAGUUACACACAGUUAUGCUUUGUGUUGUUUUGAUAUCAUUUGUCGCUGGCUUAUUAACCUAUUUUUCCUCGUUAGUGUGUGCCAAUUUUGUAUACAGUGUAAAAAUGAUUGAUUGCAUAAAAGUUUUUAAUUAUUAGAGGCUUUUAGUUGUGAGUGAGUGAUUGAUUCGGUCUUAUCUACUCCAUCGCCUUUUUAUGCAUGUCUAUUACUACAGGCCCACACACUUGAUGUGAGGUUUAAGGGUUUUAUUGCCCUCAUUUGUAAAAGAGUAUUACUAAACAGUUGUAACCACUAGAAUGUAUUGGGAUUGUAUCAAAAAUAUGUCUUUUAAAAGUGUCUUUUAAAAACAGUGAAUGCAGAAAGAGAAGAGUGUACUCUCUCAUUUAACUUAAAUUCCGACUGUGAGAACUAUAAAUUGCAUAGUGCUAAUUUUACCUCUGAAGCUGUGCAUCCAUGUAAUUAUAUGUUAGCAGGCCUAGAGAACUACAGUUGGGAUAUUCACAUUGGAUUAAUGACCCACAGAAAGUGCAGUCAUAUGAAGUCCAUAUUAAUGUCUCCAUAAUCCAAUAUUUUGAUUAAAUCAUCCACACACAAGCUAAAUCACAUCUUUGUGCUUGUUGAUUUUUUUCUAAAACUCCAAGUCUUCUACCCACAACCAUUUGACACAGCCUUAACUUACAGUUAUGUUGUACAGUGCUUUAGAUCUUUAUAUGAUUUGGACAUUGGUUUGAGAAAUAUUGACCCCAGAUUCAUCUGCAGUGCUGCUAACCUGCAGAUGAUAUUGUUUGAACCUAGUGAUACUGUGCAUGGUUAACAACAAAGUGUGAGUCCUCCCGGGAAGUGUUAGCAAGCAUUGUGCUUGUUGAUUAUUCCAAGGGUUGAUAAUGUAUUUGCUCCUGGCUGUAAGUCUUUAGUAUGAAGGAAUGUGUAAAAACAAAUUCUCAGUUUAUGUCUUGCGUUCAUUCGAAUUAUUUGAGCCUGGCUUUGUUUUGCAUUUGCCCCUUGAUUUCUCUCUGUCUCUGUGAAAGUCAGAAACAGGCAGAAAUGCUACCUAUUGUGAGUUUACAUAUUUCAUUUUGUUCUUGAUUUUAUGUUAAAAAACACAAAACAUUUUUUUUAAACUACUUGCGCUUUUUCUCACAAAGUAGAUUGAGCCAUGAUUGCUUGCUGUGAGAGAGCACUGUGAACCUCCUCUUCUAUAAACCACUGUCUGGGACACACGUUGCUUUUAGAUAGUCACAGUCUAUCAUCAUAAAUAUAGAUACAGUUGUUACAGAACAUGUAAAUGACAAUGUCGCUGUUAUGAAGCUGCAUGAUCAAUCAUAUUUCAGAACCCUCAGCCUGGACUUUCCUGUGUAAAACUCCACUCUGGGCAAAUAGACUUUAUCAUUGAAUACCUGUGUGUUUCCAGUUGCAGUAAAGACACAAUGUACACUGGAGAAGCAAUUCAGUUUUUUUAUUUUUUAUUUUAUAUUACCGAUUGUGUGAUGGCAAGUGAGCUGUGCUUAAGGUUGCAGGGCAUUAAUACCAAGGCCAUCUCCAUGCAUUGCUCCCCCACUUGUGUUUAUUCAUCAUGUUUUAGUGAAGGGUCAGUCAUCAGUCUAUUUAACCUAUUGUGAACCAAAAGGCAAAACUAAUGGGAAGCUUCACCUAAUCUGAGAUGCUUAAUAAACCUUGGCCUUUGUUCACCACAGAUGGCGUAUCUACAUUGUUACAUACAAGCACAGAAUGUCUAACUCACGAAGGACUGCAUGUGUAGAAUGCUUAGAGCGUGUACUGUCCUUUAAAUGACUGUAACUACUCCUUUUUAUUUUAAUUCUAUUUUAUGUUAGCUUUAGCGUACCAAUAACAAUACUAGAGUCCUUGUAGUCAUGGUUUUCAUUUAAGUCAACCAUAGUUGUUUUUUUUUAUCUCACAGCUAUGCUGAUUUGUAUUCUGUCUGAUCUACUUCCAAUUUAAAUGUCUCAUCAUUAUACCAUCUACAGACAUAAUACUUCCACCUCUGUUUUCUCAUGGUUCUGCCUCUUUUACAACCAUGAAUAAAAAACACUACCAUGAAAGUUA